AUGCCCUCGGCGAUUCGUCAGGAAGAUCUCGAUGACUUGGCCGAGGGGGGAUUCAUCCCUCAUGAAUCUGCGCGCCUCCCGGGGAACGAGAUCGAGCCGCAGCCUCUUGAGGUUCCUCCUCAUGUCGUCGAUCUCCCGGAUGAUAAUGACGAGGCACCACUGAGGCUGAGGAGGAAUAGAAAGGCGCCGGCUGGCAAGACUACUCAGACUGCAUCAGUGCCUGAGACAUUGGCUCAUGAGGGUGGCAGGAUCCCUAACACAUUGAAUGUGAUCUCAAAUAUCCCCUUCCUCUUUGUCGGUCUCGCGGGGCUCAUCCUGUGCCACUACAAAAACUACUUCAGGCUAUGCUCACAGGGGGAGCUCUGGAGUUGGACACUCUUCUAUGCUGGUGUCACUGCUGUUGGUGUUGGUUCAUCCUACUACCAUCUCUACCCAAACGAUGCCACCUUAGUUUGGGACAGAUUGCCUAUGACGAUUGCUUUCACGUCUAUCGUGGCCAUUUUCAUCAUUGAAAGGGUUGAUGAUAGGGCAGGAACAAAGUCCCUUGCACCCCUUGUUAUUGCUGGUGCACUGAGCAUCCUGUACUGGAGUUUCUUUGAUGAUCUUCGGCCAUAUGCAAUAAUCCAGUUCGUUCCAUGCAUUGUAAUACCUGUGAUGGCUAUAGUUAUUCCACCAAUGUAUACACACUCAAGCUACUGGUUGUGGGCAGCAGGAUUUUACCUUCUUGCCAAAGUAGAAGAGGCUGCGGACAAACCUAUAUAUAGGUGGACACAUGACAUUGUUAGCGGACAUACUCUUAAGCAUCUAUGUGCUGCGAUGGUACCUGUUUUCUUGACUCUGAUGUUGGCAAAGAGGACAAUUGAACCUGACAGGGUAAGCUUACUCCAGAUGUGGAAGAUCAGUUGGAGAGAACGCGGUUCCAAAGAUAGCAACACUGUAGAUGUCAAAUAUGGUUAUGCUGCAGUUUCAACUACGUCUGAACAACAGUAGAUGCGUGUUUUUCAUAUGUACCCCUGAAAUGUAAAAAUAGCAUCAAUAUGAAUAUCAGGAGCCCCAGUGUGCAUGGUUGUGUAUUAUUGCCUGCUAAUCGAUGUUCGUAUGUGGUUGUUACUGACCAAAUCUUGUACAGGGAGGAAAAAAUGAUAUCAGUGGCCUUAUCAACUCUUUGUGCUAGUUUUUGGGAACAUCCAAUGGCCUAUACCUCCUCCUGCACCUGGAAAGACUGUACCCUAUGUAAAUCGACCUGGAUCUAUUCAGACUCCA